AAAAUAUAUUCGAACAAGCGCUACCUAGAUAUUCCCGUUCUAACAUGCUUGCGCUCGCCCUGACCGCCGAGCUCAACGGAGUCACGGACUUACGUCCAAACGACACGGCUGAGAGCCCCUUCUUCUACACAUUCAAGGUUCAGUGCACGUCUUGCCGUGAAACCCAUCCUAACUUUGUCACCAUGAGUCGAUUCGAGACCCAUGAGGUGAGCGGCAGCAGAGGCGAGGCGAACUUUGUUUGGAGAUGCAAGAACUGUAAGAGAGAGCAUUCCGCGAUAAUAAAAGCAGGACCUGCUGCGUAUCCUCAAACGGAACCCGCUAAGACUCAGAGCAUACUCGAAUUCGAUUGUCGCGGCCUUGAGUUUACCGAGUUCAGCGCUGAAGGCGAAUGGCUAGCCACGGGUGUUGCUUCUGGCACCAAAUUCUCCAACAUCGAACUUGCCGAAGGGGAAUGGUUCGACUACGACGAAAAAGCUAGCGAUGAAGUCAGCAUCACGAACGUCAAGUGGGAAAUCCGGAGAGCAUAAUCUGUUCUCCGUGUCCAAAAGACCCAAAUCCCUAAGAAGCAAACACCCAAAUUCACAAUGAUAGUUCCGGAUCUUAAAAUAGCAAACCCUGGAGACACAUGCGCAAGAAUAAGAAUCCCGGCGUGGUCGUUGAUGAUCUUCCGAGAAACAGGAACCGGCUGUGCUGCAGGCCGUCGCAUUGCCCAAACCAUUAAGUCUUGAUUAGAAUGACCGCAUUUCUAUUUUUGGUGCUAAAAAUAGGGUUUUAUUGGUUAGGUGCCGUUCCAUACCUUAUAUUAC